UUAGAACUAACCAUUUUCAUUUUCCGAUCCAGAAAAUGGAAAGCCAACUGGUUGAGAUGUGCAUGGAAUCGGCGACGCAGAGCCGUGACGCCGUCGAAGCGUGGCGGAGACAGCGGCGGACUCUGGAAAGCAUGCCAUCUCACCUCGCCGAAGCUCUUCUUCACCGCCUUCUUCGCCGCCGUCUCCUCUUCCCAUCUUUGCUCGAAGUGUUUAAAUUUUGUGUCGAGGAGAUCGACUUGAGGGGGGAGAGCUGCGUGGAUGCAGAAUGGAUGGCAUAUAUAGGUGCUUUUGAUCACUUGCGCUCUCUAAAUUUAUCAGAUUGUAACAAAAUUAACAAUUCAGCCAUUUGGGCAAUUACAGGAAUGACAAACUUAAAGGAGCUUGACCUCUCCAGAUGCUCAAAGAUCACUGACGCUGGAAUUAGACAUCUAACAUCCAUCCCAAUUUUGGAAAAGUUGUGGAUUCCAGAAACAGGUGUCACAAAUGAUGGUGUGAUACUCCUGUCUUCGUUAACUAACUUGUCUGUGUUAGAUUUGGGAGGCCUGCCUGUGUCUGAUUUGGCUUUGGAUAAUCUUAAGGUUCUCCGAAAGCUGCAACAUUUGGAUCUUUGGGGGAGUGAAGUAUCAAACAAAGGAGCAUCUUAUUUUAAAUGGUUCCCAAGAUUGAGUUCUCUGAAUUUGGCCUGGACCAAGGUCACUAUGUUGCCAAGUCUGCCUUCUCUUGCAUGCCUAAAUAUGAGCAAUUGCACGAUACAUUCUUCAUUCGAAGGAGAAGGACGGAAAGCUCCCCUUGCAAAGCUUAUUCUGUCUGGAUCAACCAUAAGAGAUGUCUGUGAAGCUUUCCAACAACUUGAAACCUCCUCCCUCUCCCUCCUGGAUCUUUCCAAUUCAUCUCUUAAUUCUUACUGCUUUUUGCCAUAUAUGAGUGCUAUAUCAGAUUUAGAUCUCAGUGGUACAUCUGCAGGAGAUGAGUCAGUUGAACACAUUGCAUUUAUAGGUCAAAAUUUACGCCACCUAAAUCUCAGCAGGACAAAGUUAAGCAAUGCAGGACUGGAAAUCUUAGCUGGUUUUGUUCCCAAUCUUGAAACUUUAUUAUUAUCUUACACAGCCAUUGACGAUUAUGCUAUCCCCUUUAUGAGCACCAUGCCUUCGUUAAAAAGUAUCAAUCUAAGUGGUACAAAUAUCAGAGGUGUGGUCAACGAGGCGGAUUUUGAUCCUAAUUGCAUUUCAUCACUGUCUGGGUUAUGUAAUCUUGAUCAUUUGGAGAGAUUGGAUUUGGAGGAGACUCGAAUCAAGGAUUCAGCUUUGACUCCUUUGCCGAGCUUUCGUAAAUUGAGUUAUUUGUUUUUACGGAGUGGUUCCCUUACUGAUACCUCUUUGCAUCAGCUGUCAUCUAUUAGAAGCUUGGUAACACUAGGGAUUCGUGACGGUGUGCUCACUAAUGCUGGGCUCAUCGUAUUCAACCCUCCACCAUCUAUGAGAAUUCUUGAUCUCAGGGGUUGUUGGCUGCUGACAGAGGAUGCACUGUUGUCAUUUCAGCAAAAGCAUCGUCAAAUUGAAGUAAGGCAUGAUCUUCUUAGUAUUGCAUUGGUCAAAAAGUUAUCUAUUCACUCAUCUUCAUCGCAAGUGACAUCACGGACCAAAAUAUACAAACACAAGCAAGGAGGGCCAUCUUCAUCUCCCCUUAGAUCUAACAGAGGCAGUUUUCUUGAUCAAAGAUUGAAGUACACCAGAGAAGAACUAUUUGCACUGGGGUCCGCGUCUGCCCCUAAUUCCAGAGAUAAUGUUGAUCUGAUACCUCAUGUGCUGGCAAAUGAUGGAUAAAAUUUGUUGGGUUCAGUUCAUGCAUGUAUUCUGUUACCGACCAAUAGUAGUUCUUGAGUUUCUUUUUCAAUGUAAGAACUUUUAAUAUUUCUUUUAUGAAUGGUGCAGAGUGUGACUCUGGAUGGUAAAUAGUACAAGCCCAGGCCAUGUUAGGGCUGUCGUAACGUUCCACUGGCUUGUUGUCUCAGUUAGGUGGCAUCUGCUUGUGGCCAAUGACCUUACAAAGUUUUCAGAGCACUUUUUGAUGCGAGUUGCGGAACUUCUGAUCUCGCAAAGCUCAGUUAAGCAGCAAUAUUUACACACUCUAUCAACUAAAUUCUCUUUUCUUCACCGGAUCGAUACUAACUUACCUACUCGUGCUCCUACCGAAUCCAAGAGGGAUUCGUGGAUUCAUAUAAGAUUUUAUAUUGGCUCAAAUUACCAACAGUUUUGAAACACGCAAGGAACAAGAUUUCUUAGGAAUAGUGCUAUCCCCAAGUUGUUGGAUAAUCCCCAAGUUGUUGUAAAGUUGUGUGUUUAGUUAUGAUUCUGGUCAUUUUUGUAGCCUUUCAUUGUAUUUUACGUGUUGUGGUCAUUCUGGUAACGUUAUUUAUAAUGUGUACAAACCUAGAAAUAUCAUUUUUGAGAUA